AACGUCUUCUGACGUUUGCACCAGAAUCCAGGAAGUGAGGAGUCGCUUGUUGUUUUUGCCGAUUGAUAGUCCUUUCACAUUUUAUUUGUUACUUUUCGCGGGCCAAAAAUGGCGACUUUUAUUUCUGUCCCGUUAAAGAAGUCGUCUGAAGUCGAACUAGUUAAACCGCUCUCGAAAUUCGUUACGGCGACAUACCCAACGGGCGAGGAUCAAGCUGAGUAUAUCCGAUCCGUGGAGGAGUUGAACAAGCUGCGCAAGAGUGCUCUGGGGAGGCCGCUCGACAAACACGAAAGCUCGCUGGAAAUCCUCCUGAGGUAUUAUGAUCAGCUGUGUGCCGUGGAGCCCAAGUUUCCCUUCUCUGAAAACCAGCUGUGUCUAACCUUCACAUGGAAAGAUGCCUUUGAUAAGGGCUCACUGUUCGGGGGCUCAGUCAAACUAGCACUGGCCAGUCUGGGCUAUGAGAAGACAUGUGUGUUGUUCAAUGGAGCAGCGUUGGCAAGUCAGAUCGCUUCAGAACAAAACCUGGACAGCGAUGAAGGACUGAAGGCCGCAGCCAAAUACUACCAGUUGGCGAGUGGAGCAUUUGGUCACAUUAAAGACACCGUGCUGUCAGCUCUGAACAGAGAACCUACUAUGGACAUCUCUCCUGAGACUGUAGGAACCCUCAGUCUCAUCAUGCUGGCUCAGGCACAGGAAGUCUUCUUUCUCAAGGCUACUUCAGAUAAGAUGAAGGACGCCAUCAUCGCUAAACUGGCCAAUCAGGCGGCAGAUUUCUACAGCGACGCCUUCAAGCAGUGUCAGUACAAAGAGAACCUGCCCAAGGAGGUGUUGCCGGUGCUUGCAGCUAAACACUGCAUCAUGCAGGCCAACGCUGAGCUACACCAGUCUAUCCUCGCCAAGCAGAAGAAACACUUUGGGGAGGAGAUCGCUCGCUUGCAGCAUGCUACAGAGCUGGUGAAGACGGUAGCGUCUCGCUAUGAUGAGUACGUCAGUGUGAAAGACCUUAGUGAUAAGAUCAGCCGUGCUCUGACCGCCGCUAAGAAGGACAAUGACUUCAUCUACCACGACCGUGUCCCCGAGGUCAAAGACCUGGAACACAUCGGCAAGGCAGCGCUGGUCAAGGCUACCACCAUCACACCUCCGCUCAGCGCCAAGUUCACUGACUUGUUUGAGAAGAUGGUGCCCAUGGCUGUGAAGCAGAGUAUGAGUGUACAGCAGAGGAAGGCUGAGAGACGUCACAGACUGGUAGAUAUGAGGGAAGCUACUAACUUCUGCAACGGAUGGAUUGUCCUGGCAUCUCUGAACCUGCCUGCGGCUCUGGAGGACCUGUCUGGAGAUUCUAUCCCACAAUCCAUUAUUGAAAAGGCCCAUGCCAUCGUCCAGCAGGGGGGGCUGCAGAGCAUAGAGCAACUGAUCAGAGACCUGCCGGAACUACUGACACGCAACAGAGAGAUCCUGGAUGAGUCUCUGAAGAUGCUGGAUGAUGAGGAGUCGACAGACAGCGAGCUGAGAUCCAAGUUCAGCCAACGCUGGAACAGAACUCCCUCUGGAGACCUCUACAAACCACUCAGAGCGGAGGGUGGUAACUUCCGUAGUGUGUUGGACAAGGCAGUGCAGGCUGACCAGGUGGUCAGGGAGCGUUAUAAUGCACACUGUGAGAUGAUCGCUCUCCUCUGUAAACCUCAGGCUGAACUCACCGCUGCCAUACCUUCAGCCAACCCUGCUAAGACAUUGCAGGGCAGCGAGGUUGUGAGUGUGUUGCGUUCCCAGCUGUCUCAGCUAGAGGAGGUGAAGAGAGAGAGGGAGGUGCUGGAGACGGAGAUUAAGGGUGUGACCUUUGACAUGUCCUCCAGCUUCCUGACGGCUCUGGCUCAGGACGGGGCCAUCAAUGAGGAGUCACUGUCAAUGAGCCAGCUGGACCAAUCAUACGGCAGCUACAGCCAGAGGGUUCAAGCCAGCCUCCGCUCUCAGGAAGAGCUGUUGGGCAACGUGCAGGCAUCUCACCAGGAGUUCUCCGGUCUGAAGCAGUCCAACUCGGAGGCUAAUGAUCGUGAGGAGGUGUUGAAGAAGCUGGCCUCGGCCCACGACAGCUACGUUGAGAUCACCAGCAACCUCAGAGAGGGCACCAAGUUCUACAAUGACCUCACAGAGAUCCUGCUGAAGUUCCAGAACAAGUGCAGUGACAUCGUCUUCGCCCGCAAGACAGAACGGGAUGAACUGCUGAAGGAUUUGCAGCAGAGCAUCGCCAGGGAGCCCAGUGCCCCGUCCUUCUCUGUCCCUGCCUACCAGACUAACCCCACCCCCACCGCCACUGGACCAACCCCCGCACCAAGGACUGUCUUCCAGCCUCAGCAGCCCCAGGCGAAGGCCCAGCCUCCCGAGCGGCCCCCUCCCCCUGCCUUCCCCAAGGUAGAGGAGGGUCAGGAGAGAGGAGCGAACGAAGAGACGGUAGACGGCGGGAGGGAAGAGAAGUAG